GUUGGAUGGCGUGGUUGGGGCGGGACCUGUUCACGGCGAAGUUAGUGUGUGCUAGUGUAUGAGAAGCAGGAGCGGAGCGGGUAAGUGUUACAGAACUUUACAUAUUAAACCAGUCAGCCUGUUAGUUACAAUCAAUAUUUAAGCCUGUGGUUCUGGUGACAAAUGUGGAGAAGACACAGGUAUUUGUGAAUGAAGCCAGGGAAGAGAGGCAAGGCUAGGUUCAUUGUAGAGUAAGCAGCAGCAUUAGCCUCUGUAGCUAACGUUACUUAGACAUAAGAGCAGCAGCAGCUUUUGUAAAGCUUUCUGUCCUUUUAAAUGUACCCUUCUCUCUACAUAUCUGCAUGCAUUCAGUUAAGAUAUGCACAAAGUAAAUGUUGGCUCGUUAUUGUCCAGUCUCUUUCUCUAAGGUGUACUAAGCCUGGCUGUCAGAACUUGUAAGGCUCUCUCUGACAGUAAGUUGCUGUCAUUAAAGUUAGCAAUUAUCAGAGCUCUGUGUUGUCUAGACUUAUUGUACUUUUGAGUUUUCCCUUCAUAAAAACGGGAAAAAAGGUGGACCUGGUUGGCACAGAUCCCUGCAGAAGUUUCCCAUUGUGGGUGCUUCCUGGUUCCUGACGCCACAUCUUGGUGCGUGGCCUUAUCUGGUUGGACUGGAGGAGGAAGUUCACUCAGAGUUUUGAGGCAGAGAUACACUUCAUGUAUAUUAGACCAGUGUUGGUACUGACCAGUAUCAGACCUGUUGGCACAUAUUGACCAUCUGCAAACAGUGUAGCAUUCACUGAAAAAUAAUUGUUGCUUCACAUCCUUUUAAUGAUGGUCAGCCACAUGUUUUAGCCUCUUGAAAUGAAAGAAUGUACUCUGUGUGAAAGUAUUAUAAAAUUUUAAUUUUAAAGUGGAAAAUGAACUUAGAAGGCCUGAAUGACUUGACUAGAGAACACUGUCCACAGACAUUUUUAGAAGAUGAAGAGAUGUGUGAUAUUGGACAAUAUUGUGGUUGAUAUCAGUGCAAGAACAUUAUCACUCUGUAGAAACCUGCAUUUUCUGAGCAAUAAAUUCUCAGAUUUUGUUGUUAAACCACCUUACCUUUUGGUCACAGCUGCUAUAUUUCUUAGCUUUGUGAAAUGAAUGAAGUAGAGGCUGCUGACAAGUUUUUGUGGACGUCAACACUUUUUUCUGUUUACAUUUCAUAAAGUCUUCGUACAACAGGAUGAGAGAUCCUUUUUUAGGUUUUAAUUUUGGCAUUUUUUUGCCUUCAUUUGAUAGGACAGCUGAAGAAAGACAUUAAACUUAGGGAAGCAAAGAGUGGGAGUGGAAGAUAUGCAGCACAGGGUUAUGGCCAAGAAUUUACCUGUAACUACUUUGAUUUGAUUUGAUUUAUUUGGGAUCCACAUUACCCUUGGCCGAACCUCAGCCAUUCUUCCGGGGGUCCUUAAACCAACUCACAACUAAUCAAUGCAAAUAUCUGAUGUGUAUAAUAUGCCCCAUGUAAAAAUAAUAGUAAUAAUAAUUAAAAAAAAUAAUAAUACAUAAAAUAAACACAAAACAAAUGAUGACCAUGGGCAGAAAUCUUCAUAUCUGCUAUUGCAGUUAAUAUUCUAAGCGUUUAUUUGCUGAUACUUUUACUACACUGACAAUAACUUGCAUCCCUAAUAAUAAGGAAUUAUUUUGAGUCCCUGGUCCAGUUAAGGAUUCCAUAAUGAAAUUUAAAAAAAGCUAAAACAGUGCAUAGAAAUAAAAAUCAUACUAGAAUCUACCUCUUGCAUUGAUUAUUUCCACAUUGACACCAGAUUUUCUCAAUCAGUACAUCCUUUAAAGACCCUGAUUGUUGUUUUUUUGUCCAUCUUGCUCGCAUAUAAACUAAAUUGAAUCAAAAAGGUUCUUCAUUGGCAGGAUUUACUGGUCUGUAACCACAACUUGUAUAAACUGAAGUUAAAUAUUUAAAUAGUAUACUGAAAAUUUUUUAAAACAAAGUGGAAAAACAAACUUUUGAGCUCAAUCAGCUCUAUUCAGUGUGCACUUUAGAGGCAUUGACCUAUAUUCAGAGAAAGAAGUAUAAGAGCUGAAUAAUAGUUAUCUUUUUCACCAUCUCAGAGUCCUCUCAUUUGACUUCCCUGUCUGUUUCUUACAGUUCUUCUGUCUUUGUCUCAUCAGGUAGUACGGUGAGCUGUCCCUAAUCCCGCCAAAAUGACCAAGCUGGGCUUCCUGCGGUUGUCCUAUGAAAAACAGGACACGCUGCUGAAGCUGCUCAUCCUGUCUAUGGCUGCUAUCCUCUGUGAGUUUGCCGCACAUCACAUUAUCUUUUCCCUAACAACAAUGAUAAAAAUAACGUUGUGAACUCACCUGACCUGAUGAUUUUGUCCUCUUCAGCAUUUUCCACAAGGCUUUUUUCCGUCUUGAGGUUUGAAAGUGUCAUCCAUGAGUUUGAUCCGUAAGUAAUGCUUCUGUGAUUUCUGAGGAUUAGAAAUAGAUUUACUCUGUUAUGCAAUACCUCAAAUCCACUUUCACCUCACCUGCAGGUACUUCAACUACCGUACCACCCGCUUCUUGGCAGAAGAAGGAUUUUAUAAGUUUCAUAACUGGUUUGAUGACAGGGCAUGGUAUCCUCUGGGGAGGAUUAUUGGAGGCACCAUUUAUCCAGGUACAGAUCAGGAUGUGUGGUUUUCAAAUCUGUCAUGUGGAGCUGUACAAGUGUUGUGUAAAGUUUAGAGGAGGGAUGUCAGUGAACCUUGAAUAAAAUUGUCUUUUCUUUCUCUCUUGUCUCUCUUCAGGACUGAUGAUCACCUCCGCUGUUCUGUACCAUGUCCUUCAUUUUUUCCACAUUACUAUUGACAUCCGAAAUGUCUGUGUCUUCCUGGCUCCUUUGUUCUCCUCCUUCACUGCAAUAGUCACCUACCACUUCACCAAGGAGCUCAAGGUAAAACACGAACUACUGUCUGCAACUAUUUUUCUAUUACAGGGCAUUUAAGCGGUUAAGCAUUGGCUUUUGAUGAAUGUUCUCAGAAUCAAAGAAACCAGUGUCAAAUUUAUCUGGACUUACUUUUUGUGCUUUUUAUACUUGAACUCUGAUUUCUCUCACAUCUUGUACUAAACAGCUGCUGUAGAUGUGGCUGUGAAUCAGCUUUAGACUUAAAUGUCUACAUGACUUUAUCACUGCCCUGCUGUCAUUUUCUUUUGUUUGCAUCAAGCCCAUAAAAACCACUUUGAUUGAUUAAACCUGCACAGUUCAAAAUGAAAUGCAACCAAAACUGAUACCACUUCUUUGAGAGGAGAAGCAGAUUGUUGUCUAGCUGUUGUCAAUAUAGGAGAGAAGGCACUUAAACAACACAUCAUCUCAGCUUUUCCUCUUCAAGUGUUUGUUUUUUGCUCAGCCGAAGUCAACAGAUAAAAAUCUUUAAAAACACAAACUCCCUUUACUGGUUCUGCUUUGUCAAUCAAUGCCAUUUCAUGAGACUGUCACGUCGCUUGUAUUUCUAUCUACUGUUUACUUAAAAGUUUAGCUGCCUGUCAUUUAUUGAUAUUCUCAACAGUGUCACUCUGACAUUUGGUCAUGUAGGUGACCAGUGUGUGUAAAACACUGAAAAAAGCUAACAUUAUCUUUCAAAAGGGCUCUAGUUUACCUAUCAAAGUGACUCAAUGGCCCUUCAGUGUAUACAGUAAAUGUUUUACAACAUCGAUUCACUGCAUUAGUCCAACUAAAACUGGACAUGCUAGUUUGACUAAAAUUGCUUUGACCCUGAAGUCUCCAUUGUUGUCUGCUGCUGAUGAUCACCAUAAAUCUAUGUGAUAGCAUGCGUCUUAUUUGUACCAAAAGUAAAGUGUAGAGUAUGUCACAAUGGUACAGGGCUGCAGAGUAGUCCACAUUUUCACUGUUAGACUCACAAUUCGUUAGUCUCUUGUAAACUUGUUUGUUGAUCUUUUUGGUUUGUGAUGUAAAAAGUAAUUUUCCUUUAGUUACAACUGAAAUAAGGGCACAUUGUCACUUCCUGUAGCAGAGGCAGACAUGUUUUUGUCAGUGAACCGAUUCUUGCUUUUUGUUUAAUAGUAGAAGGACAGUAGUCAGCCAAUUGAUCAAGCUAUAGCUGUAGCUCAGCUUACUUGUGCAUGUAAACGUGACUCAGGGGACCAAUGAAACAUGGGGUCCUUCACAUGUUUAGCAUCACUGAUGAAUAUACUGUUCUCUAAAAUGCUCAGUUUGGUUUGUGUCCAAUACUUGUUGUUCAGUCUUUUGCCAGUGUUCAGAUUAUCAGGCUUAAAACUGUGACUUUUUAAAGUCACAGAAAACACAACAAUAGUGUUCUUAGGGUAACUCAUACACUUUGUGAUGAAUAAAGAGAUCUGAGAAAUGUUUCUUUAUUAUCCUUUUAGUAGCAGUUUCAGAAGCAAUCUUUUUUUAAAGAUUUGCCCAUUUUGUCGUCUUAUCUGGUCUAACUAGUCUUGUGUGUGUAUAGGAUGCAGGUGCUGGCCUCCUGGCUGCUGCCAUGAUUGCAGUGGUGCCUGGUUACAUCUCCAGAUCUGUUGCUGGCUCCUAUGAUAAUGAAGGUAAACACCUGAUGUUCAUGAUAAUAUUUUUUUUAAAGUAAUUAUGACUUGAAUUGGUCUGAAUCUCCUCUGUGCUAUCUCACUCAGGUAUUGCCAUCUUCUGCAUGCUGCUGACGUAUUACAUGUGGAUCAAGGCGGUGAAAACAGGGUCCGUUUACUGGGCCUCUGUGUGUGCACUGGCCUACUUCUACAUGGUGAGGAGUCCUGGAAAUAAGCGUAUUCUAUAUAAUUCAUAAUUCAGCUCUCUGAGGUCCUGAUGGAAGAUUUGUGUGUGUCUAGGUUUCCUCUUGGGGUGGCUACGUGUUCCUGAUCAACCUGAUCCCCCUCCACGUCCUGGUUCUGAUGCUCACAGGACGAUUCUCUCACCGCAUCUACGUGGCGUACUGCACUGUCUACUGCCUGGGCACCAUCCUCUCCAUGCAGAUCUCUUUUGUUGGUUUCCAGGUAGGGUGAACAAAUCUUAUCCUGAGUUACUCUCAACUUGUUUACAGAGAAACUGUUAAACAAAAAAAAAAUCCUCCCAUUUAUUGUUUUAUGAAAAAAAGUGCUCAUUUUAAAUUUGGUGCCUGCAGCAUGUUUACCAUUUUACUGCAUCACCUCUUCUUUAACUACUACCUGUUAGUGUUUGGGAACAGAGGAGACACUAAAAUACUGUCCUGUUCCUGCCUGCUACAGGAUUUCAGCUGCGCCGUGUCUGCUUUAUAUCGUUUUUGUCACAAUGCACCAAAUGUUUUGAUAGUUGACAAGCCAUGGCUACAGGCAGGCCAAUUUAUCACCCAGACUCUGUUGCUAUGGAGUCAUGCUGUUGUAAUGCAUGCAGAAUGUGUCCUGUUGUCUUGCUGAAACUGCAAAGUUUCCCCUGAAAAAGCCAUUUGUGUGGAUGGCAGUAUGUUGCUCCACAUUCCUCCCAUACUGUUCAGAAUGAAUGAAGCCCUCUCAGAUGUGGGCACAUGGACAACCUCAUACUAUCAAGGAUACUUUUAUACAGUAAGCUGAUAACACACCUCUCCUUUUGAGAGUGAAGGACAUGGCAUCCAUGAUUCUCUCGUCCUUUCUGAACAGAAAUCUGGUUUCUCUAAAUCUUUUAAUGAUACUGUACUUCAGACCAUGAAAUCCACAAACAAAGUCUCUCAUAGAGUGGUGAACCUCUUCCCAUCUUAACUUCUGAGAGGCUCUGCCUGUUUGGAAAGCCUUUUUUAUUUCCAGUCAUGUUAAUUGUUAUAAAUUAUCUUUUCAUUAGUAUGGAGAUGUUGGAGAUGUUCCUUCACAUGUUUGUUUUCACCGUGCUGCGGGCAUAUAUUUAAAAUUAAAAUACAUUUUUCAUAGAUUUUCUUUUUUUUUAAGUUCAACUUUGAUUUGUUGUCUUUUCUGUCUGCAGUAGAAUAUUGGCUUUACAAUAUUUGAAAACCCUCAAAAAUGAGUUUUAUCAACAUGUCGCAAAGCAUCCUAACUUUUUUUCAAAGUUUUUAAGUGAUAAAGGUAACAGGUGUUUCAUCUGUACUGUUGCACACAGCUCACCUCCCUUCCUCUCUCCUCUGUGUCAUAUCCAGCCGGUACAGUCUUCAGAGCACAUGGCAGCCUUCGGCAUGUUUGGCUUGUGCCAGAUUCAUGCCUUUGUGGACUACCUGCGCAGCAAACUCAACGCCCAGCAGUUUGAGGUUCUGUUCAAGAGCGUCAUCUCCCUGGUGGGCUUCAUCUUGCUCUCUGCGGGCGCUGUACUCAUGCUGACGGGUACGAUGAUUGAGACAGUCCUUGCGUAUAUUGACCUUGUAUAGCAAUCUUGUGUAUAUUCUUUCUGUCUUUUUUUGCUCUGUGAGAGAAAUUUCAGGAAAACUGUGAUUUGCUCUUGACUAUGACUGACCCAGAGCUAACUUUCCUCCAGGUAAGAUCUCUCCAUGGACGGGCCGUUUCUACUCUCUGCUGGAUCCCUCUUAUGCCAAGAAUAAUAUCCCCAUCAUAGCCUCUGUGUCUGAGCAUCAGCCCACCACCUGGUCCUCCUACUACUUUGAUCUGCAGCUGCUGGUCUUCAUGUUUCCAGGUGUGCACUCUGCAGCAAAACACACAAUCACUGUCUUUUCUGUACCGAGACAGCUUUCAGUUCAUGUGUUUGCCUUUAAAUGACGGUUGGAUAUCUUCCCUCUUCUUGCAGUUGGUCUUUAUUACUGUUUCAAUAACCUGUCAGACGCCAGGAUCUUCAUCAUCAUGUAUGGGGUCACCAGCAUGUACUUCUCAGCCGUCAUGGUACGUCCAGUUCAGCCUCAGUGAACUUGAUAAAGCCAGUUGUGUCUCGAGACAUCUAUUUUCACCUCUGCAGCAGUGUAAACAGAUUUUUUUUCUGCCCCCUCAGGUGCGUCUGAUGUUGGUUCUGGCUCCUGUCAUGUGCAUCCUGUCAGGUAUCGGCGUGUCUCAGGUGUUAACCACGUACAUGAAGAAUUUGGACGUUAGCCGGCCAGACAAGAAAACCAAGAAGCAGCAGGACUCCACCUAUCCCAUUAAGAACGAGGUAGGAGACCAGUUAAAGGUGCAGUAAGAGGGCGAUGUUUCCUGCAGUGCAUGUUCAAUGGACAAUAUGGAUUGAGAGGAUUUUUAUCCUUCUGUCUCUGAUCUUUUUUUUUAUGUUUUGUGGUUCUCUAGAGUUAAAGGCUUUCUUUAGUUCAAUAUUUUUACACAGACACAAAUCAUGUACAGAAAAGAGAAGCAAAGGGAAACGGGGAAAAAAAAGUUGAAGAUAACUUGGCUUUAAGAUGAGAGAAUACAGUAGUGGUUGGCUGAUAAACAGCACUUAGAAGUAGCUUUCUAAGCUAAGCAGUAAAAGAUGCCUCUCUUUUGCAGUUUGUUCUGCUAUGCCAAAAAUCAAACUUAUUUUUUAUCAUCAGGGGCCUUAAAAUACUCUUGAACUCUUUGAUUUCAAUGUCAAAAAGUGUGCAGCAACCCUAUUUUCUUGAUACUGAGGGUAGCGAAGAGAUCAGACUAAGAUCAGAUGUUUUGUUGGCCUUUAAAAAAAAAAAGGUAUUUAGGGUUAAAGCUCCAGUUAACAACCAUGUCCACUGACACUGGUCCCACAGAGAGUGUAAAACCCUAAAACCCGUGUUUCAUGUCCUUGUCCUCGUAGGUUGCCAGUGGGAUGAUCCUGGUCAUGGCCUUCUUCCUCAUCACAUACACCUUCCACUCCACUUGGGUGACCAGCGAAGCUUACUCCUCUCCAUCAAUUGUCCUGUCAGCCCGCGGAGGAGACGGCAGCCGCAUCAUCUUUGACGACUUCAGAGAGGCUUAUUACUGGCUCCGCCACAACACACCUGAGGUCAGCCAUCCACCCAUGAAAGAAGUUAUUCAUUUACAACUAUUAAGAUUUCCACCUCAGGCUUCAUGUUGUCCGACUUACUGAUAAACUAAUGCAUCAUCAUAGAUGCUGAAGAGCUUGACUCAGUUUUAUUGUGUUUUUGUAGGACGCGAAAGUCAUGUCAUGGUGGGAUUACGGCUAUCAGAUAACGGCGAUGGCGAAUCGAACUAUUUUAGUGGACAACAACACGUGGAACAACACACACAUCUCCAGAGUUGGACAGGUGAGCCAAGUCGCUCAGUGGAUGUUGGUGUUUAUAAAGAGCUGCUGUGUUGAUUGAGCUGUUUGUUGUUCUUCAGGCGAUGGCGUCCACAGAGGAGCGGGCUUAUGAGAUCAUGAGGGAGCUGGACGUCAGUUAUGUCCUGGUCAUCUUCGGAGGACUGACGGGAUAUUCCUCAGACGGUACGUCCUUUGGAUCAGAUUGUUACACGUUGAGUUUAAACCUACAUGUCUACACACACCCUUCUUUACAGAGGCUUCCUCAAGGCCUGUUGUGCUCUUCUUUAAAGCAAUUUUGGGGGAACAUGUCACUCAUUCUGUCAUCUGCCCCCUUUACAGACAUCAACAAGUUCCUGUGGAUGGUCCGUAUCGGUGGCAGCACAGACACGGGCAAACACAUCAAGGAGCACGACUACUACACUCCCACUGGAGAGUUCAGAGUGGACCGUGAGGGCUCCCCCGUCCUGCUCAACUGCCUCAUGUACAAGAUGUGCUAUUACCGCUUUGGACAGGUCUACACAGAGGCCAGUGAGUAUCUGUUUAAAACCAGUGAGAAGAGUCACUGCUUUUACCCUGAAAUCAGAGGCAGUCUGUGGAUGAUCUAAAAAGGAGAACUGUAAAUGAUGCAGCUCCUUAGUUGAUGUCAUUUAAUUCUAUGUUUGAAUCAUAAUUACACAAAAGUUUUAACACAAACUUGAGCCAUUUUUAACCUAAUGAUGUGGAUGUUUUCUGCAGAGCGCCCUCCUGGUUACGACAGAGUGAGGAACGCUGAGAUUGGAAACAAAGACUUUGAGCUGGAUGUGUUGGAGGAGGCCUACACAACAGAGCACUGGCUCGUUAGGAUAUACAAGGUAACGUGGUCUCCUGUUCUCUUAUGUAUCAGGUACUUCAUAGUCUAUUAUUCUUGUUUUGUAACUUCAUAUUAUUCUAGGAAAGAUCACAUAUAGUCUUAGGUGGAAAAUUAAGGAAGUAUCGUUUGAAGACCUGAAAAAUCAAGGCUGAAAUGUUCAUAGCACCACAAAAUAGGUCUUUCCCUACAUUCAGAAGCAAAUUUUGAACUCCAAACAACUGUAAUUCAACAGAUCUUUUCACUAAAUCUUGUGUUUCGUGUUCUAGGUUAAAGAUCUGGAUAACCGGGGUCUCUCGAGGACAUAAAACCUUCAAACUGCAAUGAAUGGAGCCUCUUAGCGCACAGCACUGAACACCUUCCCCUGUGGUCUGCAGAUGAGCGAGAAAGAAUACUUUUUAUACUUUUGUUUGGGGGGAAGAAAUUUGCAUCCAAGAGAUUUCGUUUUGGUUUCGUUUUUGUGGAUGAUUUUGAUUUUUUUAUUUUGUUAUAAUGAAAUGUCUCAUCUGGAAUCAGUGGGAGUGGGUGUCAAUCAUCCAGUCUGAUGUCAGGAAGUGAAAUUUUGUCAUGAAGCGUUCAAAAGAAAGCAGUGUUCAUUUCAGGGCGCUUUGGAUUUUUACAAUGUGGUCAAUAAAAGUGGGGUUAUACACAACCAAGCUGCUGUUUGCCUCUUUUUACUCAAAAAUGUUCUUUCAAAAAAGUUACACAAUGAGGGCAACUGAAAACUUACUGAAAUACAGUUUCCGUCUCAAUUUUACAAAAAGUUCAAUGUCAACAUCAACAAACCUUUAAGUGUACCUUUGAUAAAAGGUAAGUAUUUUAAGAUAUAAUUUUCUGACUUCAUUUGUGAUAAUAAAAUUAAGGGGAAUAAACCAAGUUUUCUGCUCAUUUAUGUCUACAAAGCAAAAGUUCUGUAGGACUAUUUCACAUGGUGACAUUUCUGUUAUUAAAGACAGUUUCUAACAUG